AUGUUUGUCUGCAUAGAAGCCACACACAAGAAAAAGACUAGGAAGCUUCGUGGUCAUGUCAGCCACGGUCAUGGACGUAUUGGUAAACACAGAAAGCAUCCCGGAGGUCGUGGUAACGCUGGUGGUCUCCAUCACCACCGAAUCAACUUCGACAAAUACCAUCCCGGGUACUUCGGAAAGCUCGGUAUGAGAAAUUACCACGUUCGUAAAAACUCGACAUGGUGUCCAACUCUUAAUCUGGACAAAUUGUGGACGCUAGUCUCUGAACAAACCAGAUUGAGAUACAAAGACAACACGAACGGAAAAGUUCCAGUUAUUGAUCUUUCCAAAGCUGGUUACUACAAACUUUUAGGCAAAGGCCGUUUACCUGACCAACCCGUUAUUGUUAAGGCCAAAUUCUUCAGUAAAAAAGCAGAAGACAAAAUCAAGGCUAUUGGUGGUGCUUGUGUCCUCAGCGCUUAA